GUCCGUCCGGAUGGUGAGCCGAAAUCCUCAUGUCGUCCGUCCGUUGUAUACGAUGCGGAUGCGGACGCAGACGAACGUGCGCGUGACAAACCGAACGAAGUUAUGCGUAAAUAGUUACUCGCGAUCGUCGUCGUWACGAUACGCUUAAUAUAUAGUACAGGUAUAAUAAUAUAGCCAUACGGAUCGCAACAGUUUUGAGCGACACAGAAAUGGCUGGUGGCCCGCAGUGGUCCCGGGUGYUCCGGACCUCGGUGCUAUUCCUGUCACUUCUGUCCACGGCGGCCGCUCGUUACCGGUUGCUCGUGUUGCACACCAACGACAUGCACUCGCGUUUCGAUCAGAUCGACGCGAUUGGCGCGGAGUGCAGCGUGUCCGGCCAGCAGUGUUACGGCGGUUUCCCGCGUCUCAAGACGGCCGUCGACCGGGAGCGCCGACACGCCGACGCCGGUACCGUCGACGGCACGCUGUUCCUCAACGCCGGCGACACGUUCCAGGGCACGGCGUUCUACACGUUCCUCAAGUGGCCGGCCGUGGACCGCAUGAUUCGGACGCUCGGCAUCGAUGUCAUGUCUUUGGGAAAUCAUGAAUUUGACGACGGUGUUAAAGACGUUGAAUCAUUUAUAAGAAGCAUAACCAUACCAGUAGUAGCUAGUAAUCUCGACUUAACCUACGAACCUGCAUUGGCUCGUGAGCCAAACUUGAUGAAAUCUAAAGUUCUGACAGUGAAUGGUCGCAAAAUUGGAAUUAUCGGAUAUUUGACGCCGGAAACCAUGGUUAUAGCACAAGUGGGUAAUGUAAGAAUAUUGCCAGAAAUCCCGUCAAUUCGGGAGGAGGCKAAACGACUGAAAAAUGACGGGGUGGACAUUCUUAUAGCGCUGGGGCAUUCUGGUUUUGAAAUGGAUAUACAAAUAGCCAGAGACAUCGAAGACAUCGAUUUGGUAGUUGGUGGACAUUCAAAUACAUUUUUGUACACAGGAAAUCCACCGGGUAUCGAUAAGCCUGUCGGCCCGUAUCCUUUUAUGGUGGAACAGCCAAACACCCAUAGGAAGGUUCCCGUCGUCCAGGCAGAUCACAUCACCAAAUAUUUGGGUGAAUUAUGGAUAGAGUUUGAUGAAGCUGGUGAAGUUAUCAAAUGUUAUGGAAACCCAAUUUUAUUGGAUUCCAGUAUCAAGCAAGAUCCCAAAGUAUUGGAUGAAGUAAGAAUCUUGAGAGAAGUUAUUGAGAACAAGACUAAACAAGUGAUUGGUUCUACAAGCGUAUUCUUGGAAGGCGAUAAUGAAUAUUGUAGAUUCAGAGAAUGUAACUUGGGAAAUUUCAUAACUGACUCUUUCGUUGAUUACAAUAUUCGGAAUAAUAUUAAAUCAUUUGAUUUGACCAAAUACUGGACUGAUGCACCCAUAGCGUUGAUACAAGCUGGAGGGAUACGAACAAACAUCAAUAAUAUAAAUAGAAAAGGGAACAUAACUUUUGGAGAUUUGCUGUCGACGAUGCCCUUUAAAAAUGAUGUAGGUAAAAUGACGAUAAAGGGUUCAGACAUUUGGGCAGCUUUUGAGCACUCCGUUCGACGGUAUAGCACAACAGUGUCCAACGGUGAAUUUCUACAAGUUUCAGGAUUAAAUGUCGUAAUAGAUUUUGGACGGCUCAGUGGUGAACGCGUGCAAUCCAUUCACGCUAGAUGUGGAAAUUGUGCCGUUCCUGUGUACGAGAAAUUGGAUUUAAACGCUAAUUACACGAUAAUUGUCAGUGAUUAUCUGGCAAAUGGUGGGGACGGUUUCUCGUUCAAAAAAGUGGUGAAAUUCCAGAGUUUUGGAAUAACAGAUUUAAAGAUUAUAGAAGAAGAGUUCCUCGUGAGGUCACCGAUAUGGCCGGAAGUCAGUCGUCGGAUAGAACUGCUCAACGUGGGAGAGUUGAACAAGUCGCAGACAACUAACAGUGAUAGCCAGCGCGUUUCAACAUCUCUGUCGGACUUGACAUUAUUGCUGUUGACGGUUGCGGUCACGUUGUGUUUGACAGAUCGACUUAUUGUAUCAUAAUAUUAAUUUGGUCCUAGCGAUCACUUUACUAUACCGUUGUAUAAAUUGCUCAAAGACAAUGUUAUAUUUUUUAAUAAUAUGUUUUUACCUUUUAAGUAUUAAGAACUAAUAACGGCGACGACAGCAAAGUCUAUUCGUUUUAAGGCCACAGCAGUAUUGUUUGAAAUGCUUUCUGCAACUGUAGCUCAAAAAUUAAAACGAACUGAGUUGUUUUUUAAUAGUUUUUUUCUCAUAAUAUACGUGAUUAUAAAUUA